AUGGUGUGGCCGCCGCUGCUGCUGUCGCUGCUGUGCCUGCUCUGGGCGCCCACGAGAGCAGGGACCGGGACGGUCGAUGUGCAGGCGCCCGCGCAGGUGCGCGGCUUCCUGGGCGACACGGUGGAGCUGCUGUGCAAACUGCCGCCCCUGGAGCACAAAGUGCAGGUGACGCAGGCCACGUGGACGCGGCGGACGGCGGCGGGGGACGACCUCAACGUGGCGGUCUUCCACCCCACACAGGGCUCCAGCUUCCCCGAGCCCGGGCGGCUGGAGUUUGUGGCCGCCAGGCCGGGCGAGGAGCUGCGGGACGCGUCGCUGGCCCUGCGAGGGUUGCGCGCCGAGGACGAGGCCAAUUACACCUGCCGGUUCGCCAUGUUCCCCGACGGCAGCAAGAGCGCGCGCACCUGGCUCCGCGUGCUGGCCCAGCCGGAGAAUGCGGCUGAGACGGAGGAGGUCCCGCCCGGCCCGCUCAGCCUGGAGCCUGUGCCCGUGGCCCGCUGCGUCUCCCGUGGGGGCCGCCCGCCCUCCCGGAUCUCCUGGUCAUACCCGGACGGGAAGGCCAAUGACAGCCUGGUGCCAGGACACCUGCCUGGCACGUUCGACGUCAUCAGCCUCUUAACCUUAACACCCUCCAGCCAGGCAGAUGGCCAGAACAUCACCUGCAAAGUGGAGCAUGAGAGCUUCGAGGAGGCCGUCCUGCUGUCUGUGACUCUCGCCGUGCCUUACCCCCCUGAGGUCUCCAUUUCCGGCUAUGAUGACAACUGGUACCUCGGCCGCAGCGAGGCCACCCUGAACUGUGAUGUCCGCAGCAAACCAGAGCCCACAGGCUACGACUGGAGCACGACCAGGGGCCCCCUGCCACCCUCCGCUGAGGCCCAGGGCUCGCACCUCCUGAUCCGUACCGUGGACGAGUCAAUCAACACGACUUUCAUCUGCCACGUCACCAACGCCCGAGGGACUGGCCAGGCAGAAAUGACCGUCCUGAUCAGAGCAGAACCUCACGAGGAAGAGCCACAACCAGUCCUGCCCAUCACCAUCAUCGGGUCGAUCGUGGCGAUCGUGGUGACCGUGUUCUUAGUGGCCCUGUUGCUGAUUUAUUUCUGCUGGUUCAGACGCUCCCGGAACAGGGCAGCCCUGAAGGAUGCCUGA